AUGUGCUCUGGGCUCCCGGCCAUCCUGCUGCCCAUCUGGCUCUCCUGGACCCUGGGGACGCGAGGCUCGGAGCCCCGCAGCGUGAACGAUCCUGGGAACAUGUCCUUUGUGAAGGAAACGGUGGACAAGCUGCUGAAAGGCUACGACAUUCGCCUGAGACCGGACUUCGGGGGUCCCCCGGUCUGCGUGGGGAUGAACAUCGACAUCGCCAGCAUAGACAUGGUUUCCGAAGUCAACAUGGAUUACACCUUGACCAUGUAUUUUCAACAAUACUGGAGAGAUAAAAGGCUCGCCUAUUCUGGGAUCCCUCUCAACCUCACGCUGGACAAUCGAGUGGCUGACCAGCUCUGGGUGCCUGACACAUAUUUCUUAAAUGACAAAAAGUCAUUUGUGCACGGAGUGACGGUGAAGAACCGCAUGAUCCGCCUCCACCCUGACGGGACGGUGCUGUACGGGCUCAGAAUCACGACGACCGCAGCAUGCAUGAUGGACCUGAGAAGAUACCCCUUGGAUGAGCAGAACUGCACCCUGGAGAUUGAAAGCUAUGGCUACACCACAGAUGACAUCGAGUUUUACUGGCGCGGGGGUGAUAAGGCUGUGACCGGCGUGGAGAGGAUUGAGCUCCCACAGUUCUCCAUUGUGGAGCAUCGUCUGGUCUCCAGGAAUGUCGUCUUUGCCACAGGUGCCUACCCUCGGCUCUCACUGAGCUUUCGGUUGAAGAGAAACAUUGGAUACUUCAUUCUCCAGACCUACAUGCCCUCUAUCCUAAUUACAAUUCUCUCAUGGGUGUCCUUCUGGAUCAAUUAUGAUGCAUCUGCGGCUAGAGUUGCCCUUGGGAUCACCACCGUGCUGACCAUGACAACCAUCAACACGCACCUUCGGGAGACGUUGCCCAAAAUCCCCUACGUCAAAGCCAUUGACAUGUACCUCAUGGGCUGCUUUGUCUUUGUGUUUCUGGCCCUACUGGAGUAUGCCUUUGUCAACUACAUUUUCUUUGGAAGAGGCCCUCAAAGGCAGAAGAAACUUGCAGAAAAGAACGCCAAGGCGAAGAAUGACCGCUCGAAGGGUGACAGCAACCGGGUGGAUGCUCACGGAAAUAUUCUGUUAACAUCGCUGGAGGUUCACAAUGAGAUGAACGAGGUUGCAGGUGGCGUUGGUGAUACCCGGAAUUCAGCAAGAUCCUUUGACAACUCAGGAAUCCAGUACAGGAAACAGAGCAUGCCUCGGGAAGGGCAUGGGCGACACAUGGACAGAAGCGUCCCGCACAAGAAGACCCAUCUACGGAGGAGGUCUUCACAGCUCAAAAUCAAAAUCCCUGAUCUAACCGAUGUGAAUGCCAUAGACAGAUGGUCCCGGAUCGUGUUUCCAUUCACUUUUUCUCUUUUCAACUUAGUUUACUGGCUGUACUAUGUUAACUGA